AUGAUACAAUGCCGGCCACAGAGUCGUAUUGACGGAAUGCGGAAUGUCUGGAUCUUGAAACCGGGCGAUAAAAGUUUAGGAAGAGGUAUAGUCCUGAAGAAUUCGUUGAGCGAUAUCCUGAACAAGAUAAAGCACGCCACGAGAGAGUGUAUGCAGUACGUCGUGCAAAAAUACAUAGAACGACCCCUGCUCGUUCAUAAAACGAAGGUCGACGUCAGACAAUGGUUUCUGAUCACAAGCACUCAACCGCUGGUCGUCUGGAUGUACAAGGAUAUCCUGCUGCGGUUCGCGUCGAAAGACUUCACCCUCGAGAACUUCCACGAAUCGAUUCAUUUAUGCAACACAACGGUGCAGCUCAAGUAUAGAAAAACGGUUCGACCGAACAUGCAAAUACCCGGGGAACUUCAUUGGAAUCUUCAGAAAUUCAAAGAAUAUUUAAAAGCGACCGAUCGCGAAUCCGCCUGGGAGAAGCUGAUCAAGCCGGGUAUAAAGCAGAAUUUAAUUGGGGCACUUCUGGCCUCUCAAGAAAACAUGGUGAAUCGAAAGAACAGUUUCCAAUUGUACGGCGCCGAUUUUUUGAUAAUGGACGACCUCUCGGUCUGGUUAAUCGAGAUCAAUACGAAUCCACGGCUUCAUCCGCCGAGCAGUUCCGUCACAGGGAAACUUUAUCCGGAAGUGAUCGAGGAUACGAUGAAAGUGGUCAUAGAUCGGCGUAAAAACAAGAAGGCUCCUCGUGGGAAAUUCGAAUGUAUUUUCAAGCAACGCAGUCCAUUUCACGGUAAUGUUUUCGGGCAAGCGGUAAGCCUCGGGAUUCGUGGAAAAUCUCUGGUUUCGUCGCAGCAUUCACCGCGGAAAUCCUGA